CCCCUUUAAAGCAAUGAUUGUUUUAGAUAUUACUUUUAAGCUUAUUUGCUUUAGUAUUAUAAAAUUAGUUACAAAUAAGCCAAAUAGAACCUGUGACAAGAACGGGGUCAUGUUACUACUGAGUUUAAACGUAAGAACGAAGUAAUGACGUUUUUUUAUUCUUUCUUUCGUUUCAGUAACCUACAAGACAACGAACAUUCAUGAUUAUUGAACUCAGGGCAUUAAGUAAUGAUAAUUUCAGAAAAUAAAAAGGAUCAAUGAAGCAGAAUGACAUUAUAUUGAUUAGAGAAGCAUUACAAGAAUUUAUUCAUUAUUUUAAAAUGUGACAUCUAUUUCAAUCACCGACUGGCGUAUCGGGUCUCAUCCCUUCUUUUUGUGCGAUGCAUCAAAUAAAUACAAAAAGUUGAAAUCAGCCAACAUUUUAUUUUAUUUCUUUCUCUCUCUCCUACUUUUUUUUUUUUUUAUUGAAUGAUGACCUUGACUAAACCAUUGAGCAUUAUGCAUCAAGUAUAUGAUAAGAAUCACAUUGAAGACGAUUCGCUCUUGUCCCCUCCUUUGACUCCAACUGAACCUCCCAAAUGGGAUCACUAUCCAAGAAAGAAUAGAAAGGCAUUCAUUGAGUCCUACUGCCGGAUGGUGCCUUAUCUAAGAUCAACCCAUGGUCAUGACAGAGUCUUUGCUCUCAAUGUCUAUCGUGAUUUGUUAUUAAUGAAUACGAACAAGCAAGAUGACGACCAAGAAAAAGAAAAGAGGAUCGAUAAAUGUACUAGGUUAGACAAGCCUGCGGUGACACCUACCAAAAAAAGAAAGCUGAACCCAUCCAAUGUUCAUAAAGAUAAGCAACCAUGCACUCUCAAGAAAAGACGCGUUUCAUCUGUUUUGCCAACUGGUAAAGAUGCUGCCUCUGCAUUUGACUCAAUUGACAUUGAAUCCAAUGAUAUCGACUUCUAUCCUCCUGGCUGGGUUCCAUCUCAAGAGGCGCUUGAUACCAUUCCUGUUAAGGUGUCCUGGAAGGGCGCACCACUUUAUAUUGCUCAACAACCCUUUUAUCAUCGACUACAUCCUGUUGAGGCUACCAUGGCAUCUACUCUACGUUUAUCUCCAAUUCAAUAUCUUCGUUGUAAACGUACUCUUAUCUUGGCUGCUCGCACUUUAAAAUACCAAGAAAUUCCAUUCACUAAAUCCGUUGCACAAAAAUUGUGUAGAGUGGAUGUUAAUAAGACGAGCGCUCUUUGGACAGCUUUUGGUCAAUUAGGUUGGUUGGAUGAAUCAAACUAACCAUGUAUUUAAUAUCAUACCCCCCUUUUUUUUCUUUCCUUUUAUAUAUAUAUGUAUAGUCUUGUUACUACUACUAUUAUUAUUUCUACGUUAUUACUUAUUAUUAUCACUAUUACUGCUAUUAUUAUUCUCCUCCCCCCUUUUAUAUAUAUCACUUCUUCUAUAUAUACAUUACAUAUAUAUACGCACACACGCUUCUUUUAAAAAAGUAUUAUUCUUCCCUUCUUUCUUUUGUAAUGUUAAUAGUAAUAAAAAAAUCUGUGUUUAU